AUGACCAGACCCGAAGUUCGGUCAGUCAAACUGCUCGGAUCAUGGGAUAAUUUCUCCAAACAAUACGUUAUGGAAAGAGAUAAACGCGUCGGUCCCGGUCACUGGAGAGGCUGUCAUACUUUUAAGGAUAUGAUCAGUGAUGGACCCGACAAGACUCAAUGGCGAACAGGGGGUUUAAAGAUGGGUGAGUCGAUCACUACAGCGUGCCCUCUCCUUCCAGGCCAGCCCGUGAAUGUGCUCAAUGUUCCCAUCAUUUUGCCAGACAGUCGAACACAUGGACGCUCAGCAAGUGGCAGCUCUCAAACAUCAGAGCACAUUCGAACCAUGAACCCAGAGGACAAAUUUAUGAACCCGCGGAAGCCGCCACCUCAACCCCAGUCAGUACGUCUUCAGACGUCAGCAUCAGUCCGUCGCGACCCAAGUCCUGCUUCUAGCAAGUCUCCGAUGACUAGAGUUCAUCGGAGUGCAUCUCAGCCGUACAGUGCCACUCGCAAGGGCCAUAAAAAAGACUCACGCUCUAUGUCACCCCCGGCAGCUCGGGCCCUCGUGGCCGCUUUAAGACAGCCAACCGACGCGGACAGAAAGCUCGAAACAGCCCACUGGGCGAACACCCCCACUAGGUCACCGCAGCGGGGAGAGUCCGACGAGAAGCACCGGAAUGUUCCAGGAAUCAAGGUCAACGCCGAAAUUGCCGUUCCAUCUUCCGCAAUCUUCCCCAACAAGCCUGGUCCGGUCGGCCCCUCCACCAUUCAAAGCCGACGCGCAAUGAAAGCAGCUACUGGAGACGCGGCACCAGGGUGUCUUUUAACCGUACAGACGCGACCUGAGCCCCGCAAACCUAGUCCGUCUCGCAGCGCAGCAAAUGGCAAGACCGGGUUGGACGAGACCGGUGCGAUAAGGGAGGCACUGAAAGGCUUCGCAAGCUCUAGUGACUUGCCUACGCCAACGGCCGCUUUCACCAAAGAGAAGAAAGAAAAGAGACUUCCAACACUUCCCAAUACACCAUCCUCAGUCAUGGAUGAGGCAGUCCGCGCCAUUGACGAGCGAGACAAGGCGAUGGAUGGCGAGAUCCCACGCAGUCACUUCUCUAGCAUGACAGUCACGACUGACGACUCUACUCACUCUCGCUUCAUACCCGAACGCAGCCGUUUCUCCGAAUGGAGCACCGAUACCGACACCGAGUACAACCCGUGUGCAUCAAUGGUGUCGACUUCCAGCUUCUCCAACCACUACUUUGACGAGACCUCGGCUGACGAUCGAUGGAAGACACCAGACCUAUCACAGUCCGGUGAUGGCGCAACAAACACCGACCCGAAUACACCCCACCUGACCGUCCACUCCAAGCCUUCAUCUCCAAACUCCGCCUCCGGAGAACUUCCCCCUUGGAACGUCUCUCUUCCCGAAUUCACCGUAUCUCUAUCCACUCCUGGUAUCGAAUGCUCCGGGCUGGGAAUUGAGAACAUGGACGAAGUGGAAAGCAACCCCAAGCGUCACGCAGCCCUGUUCAGUGCGCUUGAGUCCAUGGAAUCCUUCUCAAUGUCGCGCAGCCCCAAUGGCUCGCCCAUUACGCUCCCCCAUAUUCCCAAAGACUAUGGCACCCCUAGAAAGCUGUCAGAUACAGAGCGGGAGGUGAGUGAGGCUUCACUCGAGCGAAUUCGCUCUCGUCGUAGCAAUGCUUUUUUCUCGGAAAAUGCUACUAUGCAGGAGAUGAUGGAUGAGCUCAGCUACUUGAGAAACAUGAUUCAGUCUGAGAUGGAUGGGACUCCAUUCUGA